AAAAAAACUUUCUAAACCUCUCUCUAACUUCUUCUCUGCUAAGCUCUCUCUAGUGGCAAAGUAUGGCGGAUUGGGGACCUGUAGUGGUGGCUGUGAUACUGUUCGUACUUCUGACUCCGGGACUUCUCUUUCAGAUUCCUGCGAGAGGUCGAAUCAUGGAGUUCGGGAAUAUGCACACUAGCGGCGCCUCGAUUCUCGUCCACACCAUCAUUUACUUCGCUCUCAUAACCAUCUUCACCGUCGCUAUUCGUCUCCACAUCUAUACCGGUUAAUUACCGUACCGGAUAUGUAGUUUUUCAUGUUGUCUGGUUUAUCGCUGUGUUCUUGGUGCCGGCUUGUUUUAAAAUUUAUGACAGAUGUAAACAACUUGUAAUAUGCAUUAAGUUAAAUGUUCCUGUCUGAUUAUGGGUUUUGUGGCUCUGUUUGGUUUCCGGUUUAAUCUGGGUUUGUGAUUUGUUAGGCAGCGUUGCUUGUUGAUGUGAAAGUAAGAAAAAAGUAAACUUGUU